AUGGACCACAGACCUGCCUCCGAGUACGCGCAGCCAGGUUCGCCCUUUCCAUAUCCACCGCCACCUGCCGCGACACAUUCUGAAAUUCCAGCUGCAGACCAGACAUCUGCUGCAGCCACUGCUCAUCCUUACACGCCUCAACCCGAGGUCCGCGCCAACCACCAGUACACUCCGCAGCCUGAGGUGCGCCCCGCCGCCAAUAUUUCGUCCUCCAACACGCCGCAGUCAGACUACGGUCUGAACCAGCCGCCCGCCGCGCGCUCUCCAGCUUAUCCCGAGUACCUCGCCCGGCCACCUCCCCAGUACCAUCACGCGCCCAACACACAGCCUGGUGGUGCGGCAGGUAUGGCUCAAGCAACAAGUCCGUCCAUGACAACCCUCCAUGAUGGGCAGCACAAUGGCCAUCGAAAUCACUCGAACGUGAAGUCUGACCCGGACGUUCCUAUAGAUCCUUCAAUCGCGGCCUCCAGCCCUACCUAUCCUCCUCCCUACUCGCCUUACCAGCCGUCGGGUCAUGACAUGGCCCAGUAUCAAGGUCACCCGCCGCCGCCCCCGCACCAGAUGUAUACGCGUCCGGAUUGGUCGCAUGGAUAUGGACAACACCAGCAUGGUCUUCCUGGCCCUUAUACCACUCCUGCCACAACGGUUGGUCCCGCCUCCCCUGCAACCACCGCAGGGCCGCGCCCUGGCCAGGUUUAUUCCUUUGUGCCGAUCCCCGGUGCGCAACAGCACAAGCGACCUCGUCGCCGAUAUGAAGAGAUUGAGCGCAUGUACAAGUGUGGAUGGAACGGUUGUGAGAAGGCAUAUGGUACCCUCAACCAUUUGAACGCCCAUGUGACGAUGCAGUCUCAUGGAGCCAAACGGACCCCUGAAGAGUUCAAGGAGAUCCGCAAGGAGUGGAAGGCACGGAAGAAGGAGGAGGAGAACGCGCGCAAGGCUGCUGAAGAGCGUGAGCGCACCGCUGCUGCUCAGGCUGCUCAGGCCAGCCAGGUGGAUGCUCCCGGCGCUCCCGAUCCGUCGCAGACUCCCCAGCCUCCCACCUAUCCUGGUAAUGUCCGUCCUCAACUGCCGCCGAUUGGCUAUCAGCCUGCCGACGGCCAAGUGCCCGGCCAGUAUGGAGCCCCUGCUGGGGGAAUGGUCUAUCAGAGCAACGGACAGAUGUACCCGCCCGGAAACUACCCUCACUCUCCUUACGGCCAGGGCGGUCAAGUGUAUCAACAACCAAAUUGGUCCGGCGGGAUCCGCGGCGUGUUCGGUCAGAGGGCGCUGAGUAUUUCUCAGAGUGCGAAUUCCAGACGCAUUGGGUCGCCAGUGAGCAUUAGGAAGUUCUCUACCGAGCACGAACCCUCCGAUUGGGACGCCUUGAACAGAGACACACUCGCGAGGGAAACGCCCGAUGCCCCAGAGACAAGAACACGCCACACGAACGAUGCCGCAGCCGAUCCGCUCCUCGAUAUCGCAGCCGCGGGGACGUCGCUUAAAGCGCGCGGAAGGGUGGACUUGACUAGCCCGGUUAAUCGGAAGGUCGUCGAUAUGGAGAUCAAGUGGUUGAAGGACCCUCGGGCGCUGGCCGACCGAGUUGCGAGGCUGCUGGGCGCGGGCAAUGUCGCUUUGGCGGCGGCGUUGGUUCGCGAGGCGCAGAAGGAGCGCAUAGAGUGCUCGGUGGCGUGGAAUCGGUUGUUGGAGUAUUGUAUGGAGAGUGGACGGGCGCUGGCGGCUUUUAAGUUUUAUCAUGAGAUGAAAAAGAGAGGCCGGAAGCCGACGUCGAGGACUUAUACGAUUAUGUUGGAUGGGCUGAGCCAGGCUGGGAAAGACGCUGGACUCGACCCGGUCAAGACGGCGCUUUCUAUCUACCGGUCCAUCUCGGCGCCCAACUCCUUCGUCGAGCAGAAUAUCAUCCACGGGAACGCGAUGCUGAAGGUCUGCUGCUACCAUACGGAUUUGGAGACCCUCUGGCAAGUGGCCGGUGAGCUGCCCGAGGACGGGCCGAACUCGCCAGAUCCGACUACGUACUCUAUCAUUUUGAGAGCUAUCUACGAUGCUGCUCAGAAGGACCUGGCGGCUGAGAGGGCCCCCGACACGGACCGAGCGCUCGCGAGAAAGGCACAAAGCGUGGCGGAGGGUAAGCGGAUCUGGGCGGACGUGGUGUACCGAUGGAGGAAAGGCCAGAUGGAGCUUGAUAACCGUCUUGUGAGCGCCAUGGCCAAGGUGCUCCAGGGAGGCUCCACUGAUCGCGAUUGCUACGAUGUUUUCGCGUUGCUGAACCAGACUGCGGGGAUUCCCAUCCUCGCGAAGAAACCCCCUACGGAGAUUCGCGGACGCCGCGCUGCGGGAUCGAGACUGCAGGCUGGGCGUUCUCGCGAGAGUGAAGAAAUGGAGGAUGUGCCUUUCGUUGAUGAGGGAGAGCAGCUCUACAGGCCGAGGGCGAUCUCCAAGCCCGAGGAGGAGGAAGAGGAGGAAAACUUCGACGAUAUCUUCAACCCCGUUGUUCCGGAGGACGUUUCUUCCCCGGAAAAUGGGAGGACUGCAGAGGCUUCGGGCCCAAAGCACAUCCCGGUUGGCAAUCGAGAACUUACACUCAUUCUCCAAACCUGCAUGGAGAUGACCCAGGCGCUGGGUGCUGGCAAGGGCUACUGGCAGCACCUUACGCAAGAAGACCACCCUUACAAGGUCGAGCCGGAUAUGGGUGCUUACCACGAGUACCUGCGACUUCUGCGACUUGCGCGUGGGAGCCGUUUAGCUGCGGAAGUCGUGCGCGAUCAGAUGGUACCGGCGAAGGUAGUAUCGGGAACGUCGUUCCAUAUUGCGUUGAGCAGCUGCCGUCGUGAUCGGAAGAACAUGAACGUCCUGAAGCACGCCAAUGAACUCAUCCGACUCAUGGGCGAGGCUCUCGUUCUGCCAGAUUCUCGCGUCUUGGAGGGAUACCUGGACCUCAUCCGGACCCUGGAGCGCAACCCCCAAUCCCUCGUUACGUUGAACGGUCUGGAUACCGCGAACAAAGCGUCCAAGAAGCUGGGAAAUCUUGGUCGAGAGUUGCAGAUCGCCUUGCAGAAGGUGGCUGUCGAGCAGCUGCGACCACAUGUCACUAAGCUGGCCACGGCUCUCGAGCACGGACAGGUUGUGCCUAUCGGUCGUCGUCUGCCGCGGAACAUGCUCCAACACGCAGCGGACGGCUCUAUGUCCGUGAAAGUGUUGAUCCAGUAUCGAGGCUUGAUGGAUAAUAUCCUGAAGCCGGAACACGCGACUUCGGUCUCUAAAGACGAGCGCAAGGCUCUGGAGAAUGAGGCGAGGGAGUUGAGAAAAUACUCCAAGGCCGAGCUGGAGAAGAAGUACGCGAAGAUGCUGGUGGCGCCGACUCCGGAGCAAAUAUUGGAGUUCAAGGAUAGGGAAAAUGCGGACGCUGCUCCUGCGGACGCUGCUCCCGAGGAGGUCGGCAACUCGAAUGUUGAGGUCUAA